AAUACGUAUUUUAUGUCAACAAUGACAGAUCACCUAUCUAAUCAGUAUUUCUUUAUUUAUCUUUACAUUUUUAUAAAUUAUAAUAUAUAAAUAAAUUUUCAAACUUAUCAAUUUGGUUUCUUAAUGAAAUUUUCCUAAUUGUAAUUACGAUUACCAAAACUUUUUUGUGAAUAAAAUGAUGAAAACGACGAACCUAGGCUCGGGAUCUCAUAGGCCCUUAUCAGGGCAGCUUUACAAAUACACAAAUGUAGUAAAAGGUUGGCAACAGAGAUGGUUCGCAGUUGAUCCUGAAACUGGUGUGCUGUCUUAUUAUCUUUAUGAUGGACCUGGAGAUACUAUACAACCUGGACAGCCUGCUAGAGGAGAGGCACAUUUGGCAGCAGCAGUAAUAUGCCCUAGUGAUGAAGACUCGCGCACAUUCACUAUCAAUUGUGCUUCUGGUGACAUGCUCAAGCUGAGAGCAACAGAUGCUAGAGCUAGGCAGGAGUGGGUCAAUGGACUUCGAGCAAUAGCUGAAAUACACACUAAAGCAAUGGGUGCUAAUCCGCCAUUACAACCAAGAGAACAGCUUGCUGUCCAUGAUGCUAUGGCGUCGGCCAGGCAACAACUUCAAGCCACUGAAUUAAGCGAUGCCGCUUUGGCGAGAUGUAUAGAGUCGUCGGAUUCACCCUUCCCGCACACAGAUCCCGACUUGUUGCUUUUGAAGGCAACAUCAGCGGCGAAUAUGCAGUGUCUCCUGCAAUGCUUGGGCAUCCUCCACCGACAGCAGCAGUACGCUACCGUCAGCGUGUCCAGCGGGAAGCAUUCCGAUACCGAGAUACAUUGAUCAUCACGUGUCUACGAGAUGUGACAUAGCUACAUAAUGUAGUAUACGCUAUAGGUUCACAACCGGGGCGAUAUCACCCCUCCCUCCUCCCAGUAGGUGGGCGCUACGUACAUUAUCAUCAUAUCAGCCUUUAACUGUCCACUACUGAACAUAAGCCUCCCCUUUGGAGGCUUUUGCCAGUAGUUGCCACGCUUGGUAGGCGGAUUGGCAACCGCAGUUCGGCUUUAGAGAUGUUUUAAGAGGGAUGCUGCUGCCCGUCCCUUAGUCGCCUCCUACGACACACACGUGAUAGCAAGGAGUGGCCUAUUCUAUGCCGGGACCACAUAUGGUCCCGGCAUAGAAUAGGCAUAUACGCUACCUACAAUAUAUCAUAUAAAUUACUAAACCCUAUAAGGAAGUAGGGAAACUGAACAUUUUCAAAAAAUUAAACAUGGAUCGUUAAAAGCAAAAAAAUUGUAGUAUGCGUCCAGUUGUCAAGUUAGUAUAGGAGACUGAAAGAUGUUGUUUUUGAAGUUUUGAUUCAUAAAAUGUCUGUCCUAAUUUAUUUUAUAGUACGGGUAGGUUUUUAGUUUUAUGUAUCGCUGAUGACUUCAACUUUAUCCUUUAUAUCCAAUAUCUUUAUUCCAUAAGACCUUCCAGAGACAACUUUUAUUAACUAUUUUUUCAAUGUUAUUUUUUUUUUCUAUUUUCGCCUUUUAAUUCCAAAAGUAUCACACUGAACUGUGAGUUAUGGUCAAUAGCAAAGUUUAUCCUUAUUAUAAAAUGGAAUUUCCAGUAAUCUAACUUCGAAUUGACUUACUUUCUGUAGACAUGAGCAUCUGCAGAGAUUGUUUGAUAUUUUUUUUAUAUGCUCUAUUGUCGACUAUCCAGCAGCAAUGUAUUUGUUGAUUUUACGAACUUUAAUUUUGAGGGAACACUUUUUUUUUUUAUUCUUUUGUAUGAACUGUAUAUGUGGCAGUAUUCUCCAUGUAAAAAUGUAUAUUUUAUAAAUAUUUUUUUAUGUUUAAUGGACUCGGCUACUUCCUACACGUGGCCUCUUAAUGUAUGUAUUCUUGCUGAUUAUUUCUCUUAUUGCAGUAAAAAAUAGUCCUUAUUGAAAUAAGCAAUACGUAAGUACCUGUACUGUUUUAUAGAUUGAAUUACGUUUUAGGUCAAGAGCAUGUCGGAUAUGCACGAUGUAGUUACGUAGACAUUUUGUCUCUCUGAGAAUUAUCCCUUUACUGAAAAUGGCGAACAAAUUGAUGUCACAUCGUAUGGAAGAGCAUACCAAUAGACAAAAGUGAUUUUAUUAUUAUUAUAUUAAGACUUGUAAUCAGCAACGAGACAAGUGUAUUUUUUAUUUCAGUCUUCAAAUAUUUAUGUGUUAAGGUUCUUAAAUAAUGUUCGGUAAAUUUAUCUUAGCCCUAUAUUAUUUAUAAAUUUUAUACCGCAGAUUUGACAUCGGCAGUGUACCAUACUGCCGAAAUUUUUUUUUGUUUUGUUUUUUAUUAGAUUCGAAAUUUAAAACAGUUUAAUCAAUUGUAUACUGACCUUCUGUAGAUAGAAUUAAACCGUGGCCCUAUAGAAAAAUAUAUUGAUAUUUACAAUUUCA